GCUAGGUGUGUUUACAUGCUGAUAAAAUCCACCUUCAUCUUUUGUCCACGAUUACGAUAUCCAGAGGCAAGCAAGAUGCCUCAGCAGAUUUCAGAAAUCAAGGACUUUCUCCUAACAGCAAGGAGGAAAGAUGCCAAAUCUGUCAAAAUAAAGAAGAACAAGGAUAAUGUGAAAUUCAAGGUGCGAUGCAGUCGUUACCUGUACACCCUUGUCAUCCAGGACCGAGAAAAGGCUGAGAAACUGCGUCAGUCCCUUCCACCAGGUCUUGCAGUGAAAGAACUCAAGUGAAAAUGCUGUAAAUAAAACAAGAAAAAUCUCA